CACGCCAAGAGUUAAUCGACUUGGGUGGUUCUAAAUUCGGUACGGGAAGUGACCUAUGAACCCAAACAAGAGUCCAUUCUCUACGCCUCCCACUCACACGAUUGCAUUUUCUCUGCGCAUUAUACAUGCAUUGCGUAGCCCACCUACAUUUCACUCGCUCAGCAGUCUGUCAAUAAAUGACUUUUUAAAAACUAUUGUCAUCUCUGAACUGUCAAAUAGCCUGGGGAGUCAAACGUUUGCCACUCAGUCAACAAAUUACUUUGCAUAAUAAAGAGCAAUUUGAUGAUACAACUGCCUGCAUUGUCAUUGACCACUUGGUGAGAAUAUACAAUGUCUAGGCCUACAUGAUAUUUUUCAUUUCCCAGAAUUCAAAAUCUGUUUCCAGUCAGAUCCCAAUGACCCUCCAUCCUAGACUGGAGACAAGGAGCAACAAGCUUGAUUGAAUCAGCCCGUGCUACUACCGUAACUGGACUAUUUAUCCGUUUAUUUGCAAACGCAAACGGUGGACUGAGUUUGGACCAGGGAGAUGUCUGCCUCGUACAAAGAUAACCAGGAGGACUGGAUGACAGUCUGCUUCAAGUACCUCCUAUUUGUCUUCAACUUCCUGUUUUGGGUGGGGGGUGUGGCGGUGCUGGGCGUGGGCGUGUGGACCCUGAUAGAGAAGAGUGACUACCUGAGUCUGCUGGCCUCCAGCACCUUCGCUGUGUCGGCCUACAUCCUCAUCCUGGCCGGGGUCCUGGUCAUGGUCACAGGCUUCCUGGGCUGCUGUGCUGUCAUCAGGGAGCAGAGGAGCUGCCUGGCCACGUACUUCUCCUGCCUGCUGCUGAUCUUCCUGAUUGAGUUGGUGGCUGGAGUCCUGGCCUAUGUGUACUACCAGCGGCUCAGCGAGGAGCUGAAGCUGAAUCUGAACCAGACCAUGACGGAGAACUACGCUCAGCCUGGGAAGGACUCCAUCACUCUGGCCGUGGACAGGCUACAGCAGGACUUCAAGUGCUGUGGCAGCAACAACUCUUAUGAUUGGCUGCACAGCGUGUACGUGACCUCACAGGAGAAGGAAGGCAGGCUGGUUCCUGACAGCUGCUGUAAGACCAUCACUCCUCUAUGUGGAAGGAGAGACCACCCAUCCAACAUCUACAAGGUGGAGGGGGGCUGUAUCACCAAGCUGGAGCAGUUCCUGACGGAUCACCUGCUGAUCAUCGGCGCGGUGGGCAUCGGCGUAGCCUGUCUGCAGCUGGCUGGGGCAGUGUUGACGGGCUGCUUUAUCUAUCUGCUCUAUAAAGAAGAGGAAGACUUCUCAGCCGUGUGAUUGGCUAGCCUCUGUUUGGUCCCUGCUCAACCGGGACAGGACAAGAUCUGUGGGAUGGUGUUUACCUGCUGCCUGCACAGAAGGAUCAGGAUGGACCCUUACUGAACCCCCGGUCUGACGGAGCCCCUUGCCUGCUGCACUCCCAUAGUAGUCGUGAACUUUGACCCUGUGACCUUAUUGGCCUUGGCUGACCAAACACCCCCUGUGUGACCCUGCCAUAGAGUAAAUCCAAACACGAUCACGUUGUGGAGUGGAGCUUUUAUCAUUAUAGAAUUCUCUGCUACUGAAUAUACAUUGACUCCCACUGUCCUCCCUGGCAGCAGUGAGUUAUAUCCAAGCAAUGUGGAGACGCAUGCUUUUCUCUGAACUGGAAACCGUCCUGCUGUGAAUCAAGGGCGUCUUUUAAUGGAGCAUCAAUCUGGCUCAUGGUAAUGUGCGGUAGUGGACUGGUCUAUAGCGUGUAACGACUGCUGCUUGUGAAUGCUGGGUGGUUCUUUACAGUACCGUGUGAAUACCACAGAGUGCCUCGACAGGUUAUACUGAAUAGAAGUACGUCUCUUUGAUUGUAUUUCAUUGUAAUGUCAAAUCCACAAAGGGAGCUUUUUCGUAAUACAAUAUUUGAAUUAUAUUGCUGGAAUUUGUAUUAACUAGUCAACAUCAAACUUGAAAUGGGGAACAAUGUUCUUUGAUGAAAAUAUAUAACAGAAGAUAUAUUUGACCAGACUAUAGCUAGUGAGAAUGUAACUUUACUGGAUUAUUAAUAAAGCACUGACAUUUUAUUUUUACAUUUUAACUGACACAUUUUGCAUCUUGACUAUCUUAUAACUGUCAGUUAGAGAUGUAAGUGUACAGUAAGACCAUCAACAGUCUUGGAGUUACCUUGGAAGACCAAAUACCAUUAACAUUUUCCCAUCCACAUUCGUUCUCCAGAACCUUUGGAACAUUCCAGAAUUGUUGGGGUGUACAACUUAACCCUCCAAAUAUGUCCUGUGAGAUGAAACAUUCCCAACAUUGUAGAUCAUGCAGCAAAUACUGAACAUUUGGUUAUUUUAAAUAGGUUAGAUUUUUUGGCCUUCCAUCUGAGAGAGGUCAGGUCUGCUGUCUGACUACACUAACACUCCAUCUAGUGGUCAUCCAGGGUUUCACACCUGUGAGGUUCCUAACAUGAUGCUGGUGUAAACUCCAAAUCUAAAUACUAAGUUGUCCUUUCUUACCUGACCUCAAGAAGCAAAUGUACCUUACAGAUGUUAUUAGUUAGCUGAUGCUUUAAUGAGUAUUCCUCUUAACCCUGCAAGACCUGGUUUAAAAUUACAACAUCACUUUUAGCUCUCCAAAAAACACAUUUGCUAAUUAUUAUUCUUUUGACUAAAUUUACAUAGCCGAUGGGACCUAUUGUCUUGCCUUGCAAUGCCAUUGGAUAAAUGUGGUCUUUCUAAAAAAGAUAUUAGCAAUUAAAGAGCUAAAAGUGACGUAAUUUUACACCCAGUGGUCUUACAGGGACUUGCCGUGUGUUUGAUUUACAGAGACUAGGGGGGUCACUGUCGUUUCGAUGCUACCAUCCUCAUUAACUACAUAUGGAAUUUCCUCUUGCUUGAUAACAGCUCUUACAUGAAUAUCCAUUACCAUCAAUAUGCAAUCGUUUCGUGUGUAUGCAUACUACUGUACAUGCCGCAGUGAUGAUCUCAUAGAAGUGUUAUUUUUGAUGACCUCUUGCCCGAAUGCAGAUGCCUUAUUAAUGAACAGGGUUAUGAGUAAACAGAUGUUGGAAAUUCAUACUUUUUAAGAAUGUUUGUCUAACAUCCUGGAAUAGCACGUGCUUCUGACUGAUCUCUUAAAUAUAUUCAUUGAUGUGAAACUACAUUUGUCUUAAUUUUGUAUGGGCUAAAUAAAUAUGACUAUAUUA